CAGAUAUUUACUUAGGUUUUUCUAAAUUAUAAGAAUUUUAGGGAGUCCGGUACGAUAAUGUGUCAUUUCCCAUUUGGCAACGCACAUCCCUACUCAACGACGCACUCGUUUGACGGCAUUAAGUCCUCCGUCGUCUGAAGACUUCUCAUUCGCAUCAAACUCAGUACUGCCAGCAUGGACGGGGAGCCUCUUUCAGCCUUGUGUACCCCCGCUCUGGUGGUGGAUGUGGAGAAAGUAAAGAAAAAUGCCCAAUCUAUGAUCGAACGGUGUGAGAAGCUGGGAGUUGAGCUUCGCCCUCACAUGAAGACCCACAAAACCCUUGAGUGUGCUGACAUAAUGACAGGAGGGUCACGGCGGUGCAUCGUGGUUUCCACUCUGGCGGAGGCCUGUUUCUAUGCCGACCAUGGAUUUGACGACAUCCUCUACGCUUAUUCCCUUCCUUUCGAUAAGGUGGAGCGGUGUGCCAUCUUGUCCGAGAGGCUGGAGCUCUUCCAGGUUCUACUGGACCACCCCGAAGCUCUGGAGCAGCUCAAAAAGCGACCUUUGAGAGACGCUCGACGGUGGCGUGUGUGGUUGAAAUUGGACUGUGGCAACGGGAGAGCCGGCAUCCUCCAUUCAGAACCCGAGGCGCUCAAACUAGCGCAGGCCAUCGCCGGGACGCCCGGCGUGGACCUAACAGGGGUGUACGCUCACUGCGGGAACACCUACAACUGCACGGGAGUGAAGGAAAUCCAGGCCGUCGCCAAGGAAACCACCGACCUCACUCUUCAGUUCAUGGAAAGAUUGAAGGCUGUCGGCAUAAGCUGCAAAUCAAGCAUCGGCUCCACGCCUUCCUGCAGUCACCCAGUCCGAGACAUGGCGCAGCUGAGUGAGGUGCACCCAGGAAACUACGUCUUCUACGACGUGCAGCAGUCUUUGAUUGGCUCAUGCAGUUUGGAGGACGUGGCCGUGCGCGUUUUGACCCGAGUCAUCGGACAUUGUCCCCACAGGAAGCAGCUGUUGAUUGACUGCGGGUGGACCGCUUUAAGUUUGGACGGUGCUGGCAAACUUCCAAGCGGAUAUGCCGUGAUUGAAGGGCAUCCCGACCUCAAGCUCCUGUCUAUGACCCAGGAGCAUGGAAGAGUGGAGUCCAUGGUGGGGAAGCUGGAUUACGCCCAGCACCCUCUGGGCUCUCUGCUCACGCUGGUGCCGUACCAUGCGUGUGCUACAGCGAUGAUGCAUCCUGUCUAUCACGUGCACAGUCAGGGCCUUCUUCUGGGCAAGUGGACGCCGACGCGCGGCUGGUGAAUAUACCGGGAUUCAAACGUCAAUAACCGCUACAUUCAUUCAAUAACGACGGAUGACUGUAGAUGUCUGCCGCUAUUGCACCCACAGCGGAACCUCGAUUUACGAACCCCUCUAUUUGCCAACUUUACAAUCUUUAAGAUCACGUCUCUGUGUACAAACGCUUGGUUCAUUCAUUCAUUUUGUGCUUGAUCAUACUGAAGAGAUUGGGGAAGCAAGUUUUUAAUUGUGAUGAGAACGGACUUUUCUUGGAAAAUAUGCCAAAGCGGACUUAUUUUACCGCGGAGAAGACUAUCUCCCUCUUCCAAGAGCACACACACACGUCACUAGAGAUGUCCGAUAAUAUCAGACGGCCGAUAUUAUCGGCCGAUAAAUGCUUUAAAACAGUGGUUCUCAACCUUUUUUCAGUGAUGUGAACAUUUUUUUAAUUCAAGUACCCCUAAUCGGAGCAAAGCAUUUUUGGUUGAAAACGAGAUAAAGAAGUAAAAUACAGCACUAUGUCAGCCAGGUGUAGAGGCAGCGGUGUGACAGACCUCAUAGUAAGCACCUCAAACGAUUUAUAUUUAUUAUUUAUGUUAGGACUAAGGUCAAAGUUUUCGUUGUAUAUUAGCGCGACCCCCCCCCACCCCUUUUAAGAGGACGGGCAAUAUGCGCAUGUGUAAAGUUAGGAGGACAUGCCUCAUUUAGCGCAAAAAAGUUGUUUGGUUUAAGCCAGGUUUCGCUGAGACCGAUGACGUUAAGAUUGUUGUCUCUGAUAAUAUCAUUAACUAACAACGUUUUGGGAGACAAUGAUCUUAUGUUUAAAAAACCUAUAUUAUAGGUAGUGGGCUGUUUUAGGGAGUUUUUGAUCAAAUUGUCCGUAGUAGCAAUAUUAAUAAUGUUGUGUUUAUUAUGCCCAGUGCAUUUAGUAUAAUUACGACCAUAUCUACGAAUUGAUACGACGGGAAUUUUCCGAUUAUUUGUUUGUUGCUUUGAUAAACUGCACGCAUCAUAGUUAGCCACCUCAGUAACGGGGAUUUUCCGAUUGUUUGUUUGUUGCUUUGAUAAACUGCACGCAUCAUGGUUAGCCACCUCAGUAACGGGGAUUUUCUGAUUGUUUGUUUGUUGCUUUGAUAAACUGCACGCAUCAUAGUUUGCCACCUCAGUAAAACACAUGUCCAACUCUGAAACACUCAAAGCAGAAAAAACUUGUUCUAAUUUAACAGACUCCUUACCCAGACCAGUAGUCUCGCAUUUUCCAUUUAAAUCCGUCUUCAGGAUGGAGGAAAGUGGUGUUCUGUGGGGAUUAGCCUUCUGCUUUGUUUUUAGCCCCGCUCGACAUCCGCGUUUCCGAUCACACCGCUGGCGUCUGCUCCGUAGACGGCCCCCGCUGCUACUAGACUCCCCUGCUUCACAGGCCGCUGGAUGUAGCCGCCGAUGUAUCCCCAUGCUAGUUAGCAUGUUUAGCACGCCCGCGUCUAUCAGUCCAAAACGGCCCGAUAUGUCCACAUCCAGAAGUGUCUGGCGGUCGUACGUGAUCACGGAGUGACCACGAUGUGAGCCAGCCAUGAAGUUUGCACUGGACUCUCGCGACUGUGUUGGAUCCAUUAUGGAUUGAACUUUCACAGUAUCAUGUUAGACCCGCUCCACAUCCAUUGCUUUCCUCCUCUCCAAGGUUCUCAUAGUCAUCAUUGUCACCGACGUCCCACUGGGUGUGAGUUUUCCUUGCCCUUAUGUGGGCCUACCGAGGAUGUGGUAGUGGUUUGUGCAGCCCUUUGAGACACUAGUGAUUUAGGGCUGUAUAGGUAAACAUUGAUUGAUUGAUGAUUGAUUUUUUCACAGUUUAUGAACUUACAUUAAUAUUUUGUCGACGUAUUAUUCAAUAAAUAUAUUUAUAAAGGAUUUUUGAACUGUUGCUAUUUUAAGAAUAUUUUUUAAAAAUUUCACGUACCCCCAUUUGAGAACCACUGCUUUAAAAUGUAAUAUCGGAAAUUAUCGGUAUCGGUUUCAAAAAGUAAAAUUCAUGACUUUUUAAAACGCCGCUGUACGGAGUGGUAGACGGACCUAGGGAGAAGUAUAGAGCAGUUGCGUCUCCCAGUCAUACUUGCCAACCCUCCCGAUUUUCCCGGGAGACUCACAAAUUUCAGUGCCCCUCUCGAUAAUCUCCCGGGGCAACCAUUCUCCCGAAUUUCCACACAGACAACAAUAUUGGGGGCGUGCCUUAAAGGCACUGCCCUUGCGUGCCGGCCCAGUCACAUAAUAUCUACAGCUUUUUUCACACACACAAGUGAAAGCAAGCCAUACUUGGUCAACAGCCAUACAGGUCACACUGAGGGUGGCCGUAUAAACAACUUUAACACUGUUACAAAUACGCGCCACACUGUGAGCCCACACCAAACAAGAAUGACAAACACAUUUUGGGAGAACAGCCGCACCGUAACACAACAUAAAUACCCACAACCCCUUGCAGCACAAACAAUAUACACCCCCCGCUAUCCCAAUCCACACCCCCCCCCCCCCCCUCCUCAACCCCGCACCUCAGGGAGAGCAUGUCCCAAAUUCCAAGCUGCUGUUUUGAGGCGUGUUACAAAAAAAUAAGUCUUUUUGUGACUUCAAUAAUAGAUAUGGCAGUGCCAUGUUGGCAUUUUCUUCCAUAACUUGAGUUGAUUUAUUUUGAAAAACUUUGUUACAUUGUUUAAUGCAGGGGUAGGGAACCUAUGGCUCGCGAGCCAGAUGUGGCUUUUUUGAUGUAAAGCGCUUUGAGUCACUUGAGAAAAGCGCUAUAUAAAUAUAAUUCACUGCAUCCGGCUCUCGGAUAAAUCUGAGCUGACGUUGCUUAACAUGAUAAGUAAUGAAUAAUUCCACUUGUAAUAAGUGUUGAAAAUAAUGUUCAAAGCAUAAAACAUUCUCAUGCAUUUUUAGUCCAUCCGUUUACUACCGCACCUGUUCAAGAAGUUAAGUUAAGAAGUUAUUUAUUUAUUAUUGGUUAGUGUGGGGCUUGUCCUCUUGGGGGUUCUUCAGACCACCAAGCACCGACAUCAGAGCCCGUUUCAGGGUUACAAUAUUGUUUUAUUUUUCAAGAAGUCUAUCAGUUGCUUUCCAGCAAUUGUCUUUUUCUCUUUCGUUCUCGCUCGCGCUCUGGCUCCAGCCCCAACCCCGUCUCUCCUCCUGGCUGCUGCUUAUAACAGAGCGACAGGUGAUUAGAUAAAAAGGCCCAGGUGGGCCGUCUACGCAGCUCUCGCUGAUUUCCAGGCCGGUCCUGGCACACCCCAGUUCGCUGCAGGCCCGCAGGCCACGCCCCCUCCACAGUUAGCUUCAGAAUAACAAUGUUAUUACAAAGAAUAAGAGACCUAUUAUACUCUAGAAAUGUUGGUCUUACUUAAAAAUGCACGCAUUUAUUUGUGUUCAGUGUUAAAAAAUAUUAUAUGGCUCUUACGGAAAUACUUUGGCUUCUUGGCUCUCUCAGCCAAAAAGGUUCCCGACCCCUGGUUUAAUGCAUCCAGCGGGGCAUCACAACAAAAUUAGGCAUAAUAAUUAGUUAAUUCCACGACUGUAUAUAUCGAUUUCGGUUUAUAUCGGUAAUUAAGUGUUGGACAAUAUCGGAAUAUCGGAUAGGGCAAAAAAAGCCAUUAUCGGACAUCUCUAGUUAUGGGCAGAGGUGGGUAGAGUAGUCAGAAAUUGUACUCAAGUAGGAGUACUGUUACUUUAGAGAUUUAUUACUCAAGUAAAAGUAAGGAGUAGUCACCCAAAUAUUUACUUGAGUAAAAGUAAAAAGUAUGUUGUGAAAAAACUACUCAAGUACUGAGUAACUGAUGAGUAACCUGAUUACGGCAACAAAUAAUGCACAAAAACAUAAAAAUUGCAAUGAGCAAGUUCAGAGCCAGGAAUAUCUCUUAAGCAACUAAAACAAUAAUAUAUAUUAAAUAAUAGUACAUUAAAAUAAAAUUUAAAAAAUUGCACAUUGAGCCACAAUAACUUAACAGCACCAUAGGCUCAGUAGGCAUUCAUUGAUUUGAUUGAUUGAUUAAAACUUGUAUUAGUAGAUUGCACAGUACAGUACAUAUUCCCUACAAUUGACCACUAAAUGGUAACACCCCAAUAAGUUUUUCAACGUUUAUCAAUUACUUAAUAAAUGACCAAGUCUAGGUGAUCUACUUCAUAUAUACAUACACACACAUAUCAUAUACAUACACAUAUCAUUUAUACACACAAAUCAUAUAUAUUUAUAUAUAUAUAUACAUGGAUACAUACAUUUAUAUAUACAGUAUACAAUUUAUAUUUAUUUAUUUUGCCGUUUUUGUUGACAUGUUGAAGGUGUUUUAAUGAAUAUACAUGCAUGUUUAACACAUAGAUUCCUAUCUUUCUAUGAAGACAAGAAUAUAAGUUGGUGUAUUACCUGAUUCUGAUGACUUGCAUUGAUUGGAAUCAGACAGUAUAGUGCUGAUAACGUCCACGUUUUCAAAUGGAGGAGAACAAAAGUUCCUCUUUUCUGUCUAAUACCACAUGAAAGUCGUUGGUUUUUGGCAUCUUAUUUGUCCAGCUUCCACAUUUGUUGUUAUACACUUUACAAGAAAUACAUAGGCGGCAAACUCCGUAGCUUGCUAGAUUGUUUGCGCUGGCUUUCGGAGACUCUUAUUUUGUUAGCGCAGGCGCGAUGGAGCGGCACUUUUAUUGUGAAGACAGGAACUGUGCGAUCAGUCUUUAGGCUUUUGACGGGAAGUACGGUUGAAAUAAAAAGUGUCCUUUUUACGUUACACUUUUGAUUGAUUGAUUGAAACUUUUAUUAGUAGAUUGUACAGUACUUUACAUAUUUUGUACAAUUGACCACUAAAUGGUAACACCACAAUAAGUUUUUUAACUUGUUUAAGUCGGGUCAUGUGACCGCCUGGCUGUGUUUGAUUGGUCCAAGGUCACCAGUGACUGCAUGUGAUUGGUGAAAGGCAGGCAUGCGUGGAUCCUACUUUGAAGCUCUGUCAUAAACCAAAACAAACAUUAGCAGAUCGAUAAAAAAAAGUAGCGAGUAGCGAGCCGAAUGUUGAUAAAUGGAACGGAGUAAAAGUAGCGUUUCUUCUUUAUAAAUAUACUCAAGUAAAUUAUGUCGCAUAAAAACUACUCGUAGAAGUACAAUUUAUCCCAAAAGUUACUCAAGUAAAUGUAACGGAGUAAAUGUAGCGCGCUACUACCCACCUCUGGUUAUGGGUUAUACUUGUAUAGCGCUUUUCUACCUUCAAGGUACUCAAAAGCGCUUUGACACUAUUUCCACAUUCACCCAUUCACACACACAUUCACACACACAUUCAGACACUGAUGGCGGGCGCUGCCAUGCAAGGUGCUAACCACGACCCAUCACGGGCAAGGGUGAAGUGUCUUGCUCAAGGACUCGGUUGGUAGAAGCUGGGGAUCGAACCAGGAACCCUCAGGUUGCUGGCACGACCGUACUGAUGUACUGUAAGUAUAUUUUUACUUUUUUCGAAUGUUUUUUUAAAGGUGAGGAUUUUUGCGAUUUCUGGUCGUUUGUUAGGGCACCACAGGGACUUAUGUGCGUACAGCACAGUUGAGCUUGUCGUUGUUGUUGUUUUAGCUUGUCAGUAAAGAGAUAGUUGAUCCAAUACCUCAUUUUUAUGUUUGUUUGCUGUACAGUACUGUAUAGCACUUUAUAUUAUGUAAAAAACCUUCACUAAAAUAGAGACUUUUUAUCAAGGCUGGAACCGAUUAUUCGUGUUGACAUGGUUUCUUAUGGAGACUUUUGCUUCACUUUGCAAACUUUCUUGCGUACGAACCCGGUUCAAAAACCAAUUAAGUUCCUAAAUUGAGGUUCCACUGUAUUAGCAGAUAUCUUGAUUUAAUAAUGAUUUUUCUUUUUUUUAUCCUUAAAUGCUUUUAAAUCUAAACUGAGGCCAUUUGAAGGAGCCUCGGUUGUCUGUAACUGUUUGACUUGAUGUCCAUCCUGUCAUUUUUAAUGUGUAAUGUGAGCGUCAUGUUAAAGGCCUACUGAAAUGAGAUGUUCUUAUUCAAACGAGGAUAUCAGGUCCAUUCUAUGUGUCAUACUUGGUCAUUUGGCGAUAUUGCCAUAUUUUUGCUGAAAGGAUUUAGUAGAGAACAUCCACGAUAAAGUUGGCAACUUUUGGUCGCUAAUAAAAAAGCCUUGCCUGUACCGGAAGUAGCAGACGAUGUGCGCGUGACGUCACGGGUUGUGGAGCUCCUCACAUCUGAACAUUGUUUAUAAUCAUGGCCACCAGCAGCUAGAGCGAUUCAGACCGAGAAAGCGACAAUUUCCCCAUUAAUUUGAGCGAGGAUGAAACAUUUGUGGAUGAGGAAAGUGAGAGUGAAGGGUUAGGGAACCUAUGGCUCUAGAGCCAGAUGUGGCUCUUUCGAUGACUGCACCUGGCUCUCAGAUAAAUCUUAGCUGACGUUGCUUAAAAUGGUAAGUAAUGAAUAAUUCCGCUGGUAAUCACAAAAAUAACGUUCAAAAUAUAAAACAUUCUCAUGCAUUUAAUUCAUCUAUCCUGUCAGGUUGAGUUGUUGACGAACCCCAAGAUGCAGAGAUGGUGGCAGGCAUUGUAAAGGAAAACAUGAUUUAAUGUCCAAAAUAUAAAGAAAAAACCCAAACCAGGAACCAGGAACGGACAAAUUGGAAACAGGAACCAGCAAACAGGAACUAGGAACAAAAAGACGGAAAGCAGUCCACCGCAUGCUGGAACAGCGACAAGUAGUAGCACAACAUCGACAGGUAUUAGUGACAAUAAUCCAGCACUGACUGGAGAAGAAAGCAGGUCUAAAUAGUGGCUGGCUGAUUGACACCAGGUGUGGCCAGGUGCCAAUCAGCCACAGUUAAGGGGAAACAGCACUCAGGGAGACAAACAGGAACUAAAGGCAGGAAACAAAGACAAAUGCAGAGGAAAAACUAAGACAUAGUCAAACUGUCAAGGACAAGCCUGACACAUCCGGUUUCCACCGCACCUGUUCAAGAAGUCGCAUUAAUGGUAAGAAGUAUUUUAUUUAUUGUUGGUUAGCUUCAGAAUAACAAUGUUAUUAAAAAGAACAAGAGAUUUAUAACACUCUAAAAAUGUUAGUCUAACUUUUAAAUGCACGCAUUUAGUUGUAUUCAGUAUUAAAAAAAUAUAUUAUAUGGCUAUCACGGAAAUACUUUUUAAAAUAUUUGGCUUGUAUGGCUCUUUCAGCCAAAAAGGUUCCCGACCCCUGGACUAGAAGAAGAAGACAAAAAAGACUACAGUGGGAUUUAUUCAGAUGUUAUUAGACAAAUUUACUAGGAUAAUUCUGGAAAAUCCCUUAUCUGUGUCAGGUUCAAACAUUGUUGACAUCUAUUAAACAAGACAAAAAAGGCAAAGAAUCAAACAGAGACGGACUUAAAUUUGGACUCAGAGCUGAGGAGAGACAUGGCCUCUGUACACCUUGCACAGUUCCUGCACCAAACUCUGGCGAAAAGGUUUUUUUGUCUCCUUUUUUAUUUAGAUAUUCAAUGUUUACGCAACAACACAUGUCAAAACAGGACUGGGGAGCAUACACAUAGUCACUGUUGUCGGUAACAUUGAAGACAAAAAGAAGAAGAUGCCUCGGGCUUGGGCUCGUCCUGGUCUCAGCAAAAUAGGAAUGGGGAGUAUAUAAACAGUCAUUGUUUUCGGUCACAUUGAAGACAAAAGAAAGACGAUGCCCGGCAGGUCUUUGAGGACAAAAGAAAACCCCUCUCGUCGCAUUCCAAUGUACACAGCGGAAUGCCCCAAGACUUUGCUUGGUCGAAGAAGGACAGCUCUCAACUACUCAAUUAAAUAAAAGAGAUCUGAAAGUUUUUUGAUAAUUCACACAAUUUUUCUAACAAUCUGCUUAUUAUGUUACUAGUGUUUUAGUGAGAUUAUAUGGUGGUACCUGUACAACCUGGAGGUCGGCCCCGCACCUUUCUUCAGCACCAGUCGACGGGUGGUGGCGACGCCUAUCCCUGCCCUUCGCAAGGGACCCUCUUUGAAACACGAAAUGAUCGCUGCAUAAUACACUGUACUUUGUGUGUGUGGUCCAAUCCAACCGUGUUCGCCUGACCGCUCUGUUCUAUAGUAAAGCUUGACUUUAAUCUUUCGAGAAUGUAAACAAUGAAACACCGGCUGUGUUUGUGUUGCUAUAGCCGGCCGCAAUACAACACUUCUCACCUACAGCUUUCUUCUUUGACGUCUCCAUUAUUCAUUGAACAAAUUGCAAAAUAUACAGCAACACAGAUGUCCAGAAUACUGUGGAAUUAUGCGAUGAAUUAUGAGACGACUUAUAGCUGUGAACGGUGCUGGAACAACGAAAUUUAAAAACGCAAUUUAGUAAACUAACCCGGCCGUAUUGUCAUUUGUUGCAAUGUUAAUAUUUCAUCAUUGAUAUAUAAACUAUCAGACUGCGUGGUGGCUAGUAGUGGCUUUCAGUAGGCCUUUAAUCUCAAUGGGAUUUUUUUUUCCUGGUUAAAUAAAUGUCAUGUUUUUAAAAAAUCAUGUUUGUACUAGCAGAGCAAUUCAUAAUGCAUCAAAUAAAAUACCCUAAACCCAG